UCACAAUACAGUCGCAACCCGAAAAAAACCCCAAUGAUGACGUCGGGAGGCGGCGGGCACGCGCACGCGCACUAACACAUUAAUGGCGUUUCCAUUCGAUUGGGAAAGAUGGUGGGUGUUUUGAGUGGGGAGCGUGGUCACGCUCACCGAACCCUCGUAUCUCAAGGCAACCCACGAGGCUCACACGCACAUCCAGUAUAUAGACGAAGAGAGAGAGAGAGAGAGAGAGAGAGAGAGAGAGAGAGAGAGAGAGAGAGAGAGAGAGAGAGAGAGAGAGAGAGAGAGAGAGAGAGAGAGAGAGAGAGAGAGAGAGAGAGAGAGAGAGAGAGAGAGUCCUCUCCGGGGCUGCAUGAGAGGAGGGCAGAGCAGCAGGGGCGCAACAACACCCACCGACCGACCGACUUCACUCCAACUCCGCUCGGAGCCCAACCACGCCCCGGGGGGGGGGAGGCAGCAGCACGGGGAGGUUCGCCCGCCAGGCAAGUGUCCCAGGAUCCGCCAUGGAAGCAGCAAGGAGUCGCUGAAGGAAGGAAGGAGCCAUGAAGUUCGGGAAGAGCAUCUGCGUGCUGAACGUCGGGGGCACCCGCUACGCCUUCACCCGCGACGUGAUCCGGGAUUUCCCUCUGAGGCGCGUCAGCCGCCUCCACGCGUGCGCCACCGAGAAGGAAGUACUGGAGCUGUGCGACGACUACGACCGCGAGCGCAACGAGUUCUUCUUCGACCGCCACGCGCAGGCUUUCGUCUUCAUCAUGCUCUACGUGCGCUCCGGUAAACUGCGCUUCGUGCCCGGCGUGUGCGAGUUGUCCUUCUACGCCGAGAUGCUCUACUGGGGGCUGGAGAGCGCGCACUUGGACGCCUGCUGCCAGAAGCGCCUGGACGAGCGGCUGUCCGAAGUCGGGCUGUCCGAGCAGGUGGUGGACUCCGGGGAGGAGACCCGGAGUCUGGUGGGCGAACCGGUGGCGGUGAUGCAGCUCACCGAGCGCGGCAAGUGGCUGGAGAGGGCGCGCAGGGCGUUCGAGGAGCCCAACUCGUCGCUCGGGGCGCAGCUGCUGGCCACCGUGUCUGUCGUCUUCGUCAUCGUGUCCAUGGUCAUGCUGUGCGCCAGUACGCUGCCCGACUGGGACACUGCCAAGAAAAACACCGUGGAGGAGCACAGGAUAGUGGAGGCCGUCUGCAUCGGCUGGUUCACGGCGGAGUGCAUCCUGCGCUUCCUGGUGGCGCGGGACAAGUGGGACUUCCUCCGGCGGCCGCUCAAUAUCAUCGACGUGGUGGCUAUCACGCCGUACUACGUCACCAUGACGAUGGCCCGGGCGGGCGUGCCAGGCGCCGGGCUCGGGGUGGCGGGCGUGUUCCUGCGCGCGCUGCGCAUGAUGCGAGUGUUCUGGCUCAUGAAGCUGGCCCGCCACUUCCUGGGCCUGCAGACGCUGGGGCUGACGCUGCGGCGCUGCUACCGGGAGAUGGUGAUGCUGAUGGUGUUUGUCUGCGUCGCCAUGGCGAUCUACAGCGCCCUGGCACAGUUGCUGGAGCACGGCUUGGACCUGGGCGUGCGCAACCAGGACUAUGCCAGCAUUCCCGCCGCCGCCUGGUGGGUCAUCAUCUCCAUGACGACGGUAGGCUAUGGGGACGUGUACCCCAUCACCGUCGGAGGGCGGGUGCUCGGAGGGAUGUGCGUGGUGAGCGGCAUCGUCCUCCUGGCGCUGCCCAUCACGUUCAUCUACCACAGUUUUGUACAGUGCUACCAGGAACUCAGACUGCGCUCGGCCAGGUACGCUCGCAGCCUCUCAGCGGAAAUGCUGCAGUGAACAUUUUUGCCCUGGACACCUUGCACAAUAGAAAUAAUCAGAACGACUGGAAAUGAGUGAACAUUUUUGCCCUGGACACCUUGCACAAUAGAAAUAAUCGGAACGACUGGAAAUGAUCCACAUAGAAAAAAAUGUUCACGGCAUGCACACGCACCAUCGAGACAUGCCGUCCGAUUGUUGUAACGCGAUGCCAGUCAUUUUCAAAGCCUUUUAAACCAUUUUGACUGACUCAAUCACAGAUUCUUUUUUGACAAUAUAAGGACCAAACCCACCCAAAAAAAAAGAAGAGACUCUCUUCUUUGAACAGAAUGAAAAAGUUCGUUUCUGGCUUUUUUCCCUUCUUUAGUAAUCAGCAGAAGAACAUGACUCACCGCAUGGCUUGAGUUGUAUGUCAGCGGCUAUUUUACAUGGUGUUCAUCAUUCACGCGAUUUACUGCGUCAUCUUUUCGCACGAUCGCGGCACACACUUUCUACUACCUACUGCUACUCUGUUUAUACCAUACAUUUAAAUACAAUUCAAGUGUCAGAAACGUGUCUGAUUUCCAACACAUUUAUAUUUCUCCCCGUCAUUAUCGACAUGACAUACCGAGAUUCACCCCCUAAUCUUUAUCUUCAACUCAAAAGCUGUGCUGAUUUCAAAUCCAAACCGAUGCAAAGACGUCAUCUACAGGUAUCUGUCAAUCAUUACGAUGUUUUUUACAAACCUGAAUUUCACAGACAAGCUGGGUGAGACCCUCUUCCAUGCCUACCUGUUGAAAAACGUACUUGACGGAUAUGUACGUCAGUGGCAGUAAACGAUAACCACCCCCUUUCACAAUAGAAAUAAACAGAAUGACUAGAAAUAGAGGGGGAAAUCUGGCUCAAGUCAGUUUCAAAUGGCCUGCUAUAGUGCAAGCGUGCCCCCUCAGAAGCACACAAAUAAUUAUUUAUUGAAGACCAGACCAAUCCAGUUGUCCCUGCGGAUGGUUGUUUACACGUUGUCGACAUGGUAACAACAAUGUGUGUGUGUGUGUGUGUGUGAGAGAGUAUGUGUGUGCGUGGUGUGGCCUUCAGCCAUUCACUUUGUCAGGGGCUGUGCACAAGAUUGAUGUCUGACCUAGAUGCAUUAAGCAUGUAUAGAGAGGCGAGGACGGAAGGAGGCCACAUAUAAUGAAACUCAAAUAAUGAAAUAGAGAGAUGCGUCAGGCGGAACCAGAAUUUGGCAGAUUUAAACAAUAAAAAGGAGAUGUAACGUGAAGGUUAAAAACAAAGAAAUAGAUCGUGUGCGUGCGUGUGUUUAUUCUCUCCUCGUGUGCCAAUACGAGUGAGGGAAGCGUUUUUUUGUAUUCUCAUCUCCACAGUACCCUCCUUCUGUGGCAUGCCCAUCAUAGAAGCCGUUGAUUUGUGUGUGUUUGCACGCAAAUACACCACAUGCAGUCACACACACUUAUACACACACACGCACACACACAAACCGUCAUUGCAAAGUGAGUGAAAAAAAUGACAUCACAUGCACGCCGACGAAGGUUGUGAGGUUCCAUGAAUCACGCUGACUGGCUGCUUAAUGAGGAGCCUCAUAUGUUUCCAAACAAAACAAUCUGACACCCCACACCGCAGUCUCCCGCCUCGCCGUCGACAUCAAUCAAAGAUCAGACUGGAGUUCAUCUCUUUGUAUUUAAGUGUCAAUUUUUCAUCUCUUCCCACGUCGAUAUCCUUUUCAUCGCUGUACUUUUUUUCGAUGUGCUUUUCGAGUAGCAUAAAUGUGACAAGAGUAUAAUCAGUACUGUAUUUUGGUAUCAAUGGUCCAGCAAAUAGCCUCGCGCCAAACACUUUUUUCGCCAAUUGUGAUGUAUCCUAAUGGUUUUGUAAGAAUAAAAAGCAA